AUGAGGCAACGCGGGGGAGAUGCAAGUCAUGGGCAGAAGCCACGUGGUGGACCCGGCCAUAAUCAGGAGCAGAAUCAGCACCAGCCUAGUCCGAAUCUGGAUGCGCUGUUCACGCAGAAACCGGAGAAAGUGAACUACUGUUUGGCGCCGGAACGGUUGGAAGCGCAGGCCCGUGCCAUCAAGCGGUUCGAGAAGCAGGACCGGGAGGCGGAACAUCAGCAAAAGCAGAGCGAGAAACAACGCAAACACAAGAUGAUGACCAUGAAGACCAAGAAGGGACAACCGGUGAUGCAAGGCCGGAUGGAGUUGCUGUACGAGAAGGUGCAGAAGAUGGUCGGUCAGGGUUGA